CCCAGGAGCCUGUGUCACCUGCCCCCGACGGCUUGUUGAUUCCCUGGGAGCGCUCAGGUCUGGGCCCCGAGACCAGAGCGCGAUCUCGCUCACCAGGUCCCCGGGCGCGGCCCCGGGAGCUCCUGAGACACUCCCGGGACCCCUCGCCCCUCAGAUCCACAGCCAUGAGCAAGUUGGGCAAGUUCUUUAAAGGGGGAGGCUCUUCUAAGAGCCGAGCCGCUCCCAGCCCGCAGGAGGCCCUGGCCCGGCUUCGGGAGACCGAGGAGAUGCUGAGCAAGAAACAAGAGUACCUGGAAAAUCGAAUCCAGAGAGAAGUCGCCCUGGCCAAGAAGCACGGCACGCAGAAUAAGCGAGCUGCGUUACAGGCACUAAAGAGAAAGAAGAGAUUUGAGAAGCAGCUCACUCAAAUUGAUGGCACACUUUCCACCAUUGAGUUCCAGAGAGAAGCCUUGGAAAACUCACACACCAACACUGAGGUGUUAAGAAACAUGGGCUUUGCGGCAAAAGCGAUGAAAGCAGUUCAUGAAAACAUGGAUCUGGACAAAAUAGAUGAUUUGAUGCAAGAAAUCACAGAGCAGCAGGACAUCGCCCAAGAAAUCUCAGAAGCCUUUUCUCAACGGGUUGGAUUUGGCGAUGACUUUGAUGAGGAUGAGUUGAUGGCAGAACUUGAAGAAUUGGAGCAGGAAGAAUUAAAUAAGAAGAUGACAAAUAUCCGCCUUCCAAGUGUGCCUUCUUCCUCCCUCCCCACACAACCAGCUAGGAUGCCGGGUCGAAUGUCAGGCACGUCUUCCACUGCACAUCGGUCCCGAGCAGCAUCUUCCAAGAGGGCAGAAGAGGAUGAUGAUAUCAAACAGUUGGCAGCUUGGGCUACUUAAACUACAGCGGAAUUUGUUGACAUCUAAAUUAAUGAACUGUACAGAAGAAUAAGAAAACAUGUUUUUGCAAUGUUCAGAAGUUCGCAAAGACCCUGUUUUAUAUUUA